GCGCGUGGUUCGCCGCCGUCGACAUCAUCUCCGUAGAGGUAUAGCGCAGCAGUGGCGGCUCGUCACGGACAGCAGGAUGGGCGGUCUGCCGAGUGCGGGAGGAUGUCAUGGUACCCUGACGCGAUGGGCGAGAACGACGACGACAACAGCGAGCUGAGCGACGCAAGAUUUCUGACCAAGGGCGCCUUCUUGCUCACCCCAUCGCACGACCUCAGCUUGGACAAGGCAGCCAAUAUCUGCGACAAACUCAACUUCAGAGGGAGCUUCUCUCUGACGAAGACCGCAACGGGGAUUCUGUUCAAGUUCUCGGACCCUGAGGACUUCCAGCAAGUGUUUCGAAAAGGGUUCCAUAGGGUGACAGGUGGAAGGCUCUAUAGAAAAGUCAACAUCCCGUGCAGACCACAGAAGACGUUCUCCCUGCUGGUGCACGAAGUGCCGGUGGAUCUACCGGAGGAUGACAUCAGAGCCAGUCUAUACAGAUAUGCUUCUGUCGUGGAAGUUACAAGAGUCUCUGCUAAACUUGAUCAACCCCCCGGUACUCCGAAUCCUAUAAGGGUCACCGUGGCUUCUCUUGAUGAGUACAACCAACUGCUACAGCAAGGACUGGAUUUCUAUGGAGCGACUUAUUUUCCGACCGAACCUUUGAAGAAAGACCAACUACGUGGAAGUAAGGAGAAAUUACUUCCGGUUUUUGACUCGGCUGGGUUUACGAGACUUCCGGCCCCGGCAAGUCGUCUGUUGAAACCCAGAUCAUGAACGGAACUUUGCACCUCGCCCCUACUAUUGUAUCAUGCACUUUGAGCAAAUAAACCAUUUCUUAUUGUUGGUACAUUUGAUUUUUAGUUACUAAAAAUACUUUU